UUUAAGAUAUAAUCUAAGACGCUAUGUUCAAAGUUCUGCUUUAAAUUGAUCAGUGAAAAUCAAUUGUUUUCCAUUGGCGCGAAUUAUCGAGCUAUUUCCUAAAUUUAGGCAAUAUUUAAAACUGACGGCUCAAAAACCAACAGCCAAAAUAAGCAACCUAAAGGAUACAAGUAUGCCACCGAAGUGUAAAUUUCAAGAAGGGGAGAAAGUCUUAUGUUUUCAUGGUCCAUUAAUAUAUGAAGCAAAAUGUCUAAAAUCCUCCAUUACUAAAGAGAAACAGAUUAAAUAUUUUAUUCAUUAUGCUGGAUGGAAUAAGAAUUGGGAUGAGUGGGUUCCAGAAAGUAGAGUUCUUAAAUAUAAUGAGGCAAAUGUACAGAGACAGAGAGAAGUUCAAAGAGCACAUUCGAAUCAACAAUCUGCACAGAAAAAUAAGAAAGGUAGUACUUCAUCUAAAACUCAAGGACGUAGAAGUGAAGGUGUACGUGAGAAGGAUACUGAUAGUAGAGCUAGUACUCCUGUCGCAACGGUUGAUAAGGGUGUUAGUCGGUUUAAUAAAAGCAGCAGUAGUAACGUGACACCAUCGUCGUCUCAUGAUUCUACUUCAGAUGCUCCACGAAAAAAACGCAGCCGAUUGGAACCAUCCGGUGAAACAGAAGAAUAUCUCACAAAAGUAGAGGUUAAAAUUAAAAUACCAGAAGAAUUGAAAUUUGUGCUUAUAGAUGAAUCAGAAGUAAUAUUAAAACAUCAUAAAUUACCUGCUUUACCUGUAAAAAAUACAGUUGAUAAAAUUUUAGAUGAUUAUGUAGAAUCAAAAUCAUUAGGAAAAAAUGACUCUGUUAGGGAAAGUACAUUAGAAAUAACUAAAGGUAUUCGCGAAUACUUUAAUAUUUCUCUAGGUUUACAAUUAUUAUAUAAGUGGGAACGUCCACAAUUUAUACAAAUUAUGAAUGAUAACCCUGAAACACUGCCAAGUCAAUUGUAUGGAGCAUUUCACUUACUAAGGCUAUUUGUGAGACUUGGAGGAAUGUUAUCGUAUACUACAUUGGAUGAAAGAAGCAUACAACUAUUACUAUCUCAUUUUCACGAUUUUUUACAAUACUUGCAGAAACAUAAUACUGAACUUUUUAAUCUUCAACAAGACUAUGCAGACUCACCGCCAGAUUAUCACAGGAAAUAUGCCUAAGUUAGUAUAAAUAUCAUAUUUUGUUCGAGACUACCACA